AUGCAUGCACAGAAGAAGUAUUACUUACAUGAAUGCAUGAAUGCGAUGCAUGCAUUGCAAACUAUUACUUACAAUGAAUACAUGGAUACGAAAGUACUAUUACAUAAAUGCAUGCAUCGUUUAUUAUUUUGUCAAUCAAUCCGACGAGUGAAUUGUGUAAUUGGCCGAACAGAACGACAUGAGGUAGCAUAUAUUGCACGUGAACCAUCCGGUCAACUGUAUAGAAGAUUAUGUCACCUAUUUAGGACUAAGUCAUCACAUCAGAAGUUGAAACGACAAAUUUUUAUAAAAAAAGAAUGA